AUACCCAGAGAGAAUGAAAAAUUGAGAUUGAGACCAAGAAAACUCAAGGAGAUUUCUGAAGCUUCCAAACCGAUGACAAGAAAUGAAGAAUCAGAACAAGUUCAGAAUCCAGAACCAGACCAGAUCUUGAGCCAAAGAAGGUCGUUGUUGCUAACUCAAAGAAAAUGGUGGAUCUCUGUUUCGUUAUGUCUUUUCUUAGUUUUGCUCGGAGAUAUUCUCGUCAUGCUUCUCUUGAACUUCUUCUAUGGUCAAGACAAUCGAGAAGAUAGUGACCAAGAUCUCCAAUAUAAAGGAACUUGGACUCAAGCUCUGAUCCAAAACGCUGCCAAAUUAUUUUCACUAGGGAAGUUAUACGCAAACUAUGGCGUAUUCACGUUGAUUUCCGCGACUCAAUUGAUAUUUACGGCUAUCUUCACAGCCAUCAUAAACCGUUUCAAGUUUAAUCGAUGGAUCAUCAUAUCUAUAAUCCUCACUCUUGUCGUAUACGUUUUUGGUAGUCCAGAAUUUAGAGGAGAGCCUAAUGAAAACGAAGAAUUCUAUAGCAUUCAAGCUUGGUUAACCUUCGCUGCUUCGGUUGCUUUGGCAUUAUCUCUCUGUUUAUUUCAACUUGGUUUUGAGAAAAUUUUCGUGAAGACAAAGAGAUAUGGUAACAAGAAAGUGUUUAGAAUGGUAUUAGAGAUGCAAAUUUGUGUCUCUUUUGUUGCCUCGGUUGUUUGUCUCAUUGGUUUGUUUGCUAGUGGCGAGUUUAAGGAGUUGCAAGGUGAUAGCAAGAGGUUUAAGAAAGGGGAAACAUACUACGUUUUGAGUCUGGUCGGGUUGGCUUUGUCAUGGCAGGUCUGGGGGGUUGGGUUAAUAGGUGUGUUUGGUGAUGUUGUACAUAUGUGUGCUUCACCACUUGUGGCUCUGGUUGUUGUUUUGGCGUAUGAUUUGUUGGAUGAUUACAUGAGUUGGCCUAGAAUAGGUGCUUUGAUAGGAUCAGUUUUGGCUUUAGGAUCUUACUUCUACUCACUGCACAAGAAAAACGAGAAGGAGAUGACGGAACUUAACCAAAGAGCGAACAAUGUUGAAGUUUAG